GUUCACACAACCAUGGAGCAAGAGCCUAAAGAGGAGACCGAGACCAAGGUUGGUCCAGAUGCUGAGCUGGCGGAUGCGAUUAUGAAGAGACAUUUUCGUCCAUCUCUGAUCAAGUGUGAAACGUGGGAGGGAUACAACUUUGCAGAUCUGGAGAUCAAAAUCACAGAGUCGACUGAUUGCUAUGGUGCUGUGCUGUGGCCGUCGGCCAUGGUCUUGUGUCACUUUCUUGACACGAAUCAGGACAAAUAUAACCUGGUGGAUAAGAAUGUCAUUGAGAUUGGAGCUGGAACGGGACUCGUUACUAUCGUAUGUGGCCUUCUGGGUGCAAAAGUGACGUCCACCGACCUCCCGGACGUUCUCGGCAACCUUCGCUACAACGUCAGCCGCAACACCAGGGGGCGCUGUCGCCACACACCCAGCGUGACAGAGCUCAGCUGGGGGCAGCACUUAGAAGAGCGCUUUCCUCGUGCCACGUGCCACUACGACUACCUCAUGGCGGCCGAUGUCGUUUACUCCCAUCCCUACCUCGAUGAACUGAUGGAGACCUUUGAGCACCUCUGCUCGGACGACACCGUCAUCCUCUGGGCCAUGAGAUUCCGUUUGGACCGUGAGAACAGAUUUGUGGACAGAUUUGGGGAACGCUUCGAUCUGAAAGAGCUCUACGACCUGCCCAGUCUUAGCAUCAAGCUGUACAGAGCGAAAAAGAAAUCCUCCGUGCUAUCGAGUCAUUCCGGGGCUGCAGCAUGAAUCAGAAACGCAGCGUUCGGAACUUUAACUGUUGAUUGUUUACGUACGUUGUUUGUAGGUGUGUGUGUAUUUAAAUAUACUGGGUUUUUUCGGCUGCUCUUAUAUUUAGGAGCCACAGCGGAUCUGGUCAGCAUACCAGGCACAGUUUUUAUACUGGAUGCCCUUCUUGAUGCAACAAUUCUGUAUGCUAGUGUUCAGUCCUCCUUGGCCAGCAGUCACAUUAUAGGACAGAGGUUAGGACUGCAACCUGGGAACAUUAGACAAAUCUAAAUUAAUGAACAAACAAGCUGCUUCAACUUUUACUAAGCUAAGCUUAACAUCGCCAGGUGGCGAACUGAGGGCCAUACAUUCAUUGUCCGUUUUGCCACUGCUUCAUCCUGGUCAGGGUCACGGUGGGUCCGAUUCAUUGGGCGAAAGGCAGGAAACACCCCGGACAGGUCACCUGUCCAUCGCAGUGUCCACACACGACCCUGACCGCACGUGUUUGGACUUGUGGGAGAAAACCGAAGCACCUGGAGGAAACUCAAACAGACCUGAGGAGAACAUGCAAACUCAACGCAGAAAUGAUCCUGGCUGUCUGGAUGGGAAUUAAACCCAGGCCCAUAUGAGGUGCAGCCUAAUUGAGGACCAAUUAGAACAAAUAGUAGCUAGGUAUUAAAGAUAAUUUCUUUUUUAAUCAUUUGCAACAACAGUUUUUUAUUUUAUUUUAUUAAAGAAGUGAAAGAAAACGUUUGCACACACUGUGAUGGGUUUGUUCUGUGGAGUUUUAUUUAAAAAGCGCAUGACUUUUAGUUUUUUGUUUUUUUAAUAAUUUUCCCAAUUUUUCCCCCAUUUUUCUGCGCUAAUCUAGUCUUGUCCAGUUACCCUGACUGUGUCCUCUAUACUGGUUCGACCCUUCACCGCUGACUGAGAACGCCUCUCAACUGACAUCCGCCCCCUCCGGCACGUACAGUCAGUACAGACUGCAUUUUUUCACCCGCACGAGUCGAGUUCAUACACUUGAUGGGCACUGUGUACGGAGGGCCACACCCUUAUCAGCAUUGUUCCUCAGCCCUGUGCAGGCGCCAUCAGUCAGCCAGCAGGGGCCGCAGUCGCACCAGUUAUGAGGACCUAUGAUCCCACUUUCUUACCCUCUAACCCUGAACAACAGCCAAUCGUUGUUCAUGCAGCCGUCCAGCCGAGUCGGAGGACAGAGCUGAGAUUCGAAACGAUGUAUUCGAAACCCCAAAUUUAGCGCUGCGCCACCUGAGUGGCCUUUCUGUUUUUUUGUUUAUGCUAACGGAAAACUUUUCAUACCGUUUUUGCUUUUCGUUGUAGACAAAGAAACUAACAAUGACCGUACUAUAAUCUGUGUUUCUGAUUUGUGUCUUAUAUGUGUGUCUUGACCCACUUGUUAUUCAGAUAAUUAAAUGCAGUUUAA